GACCGUCAGUAGUGUGAUAGAGGUUCGAGAGAACGGGCCACGCAUCUCGUUGCACCGCAGCCCGUGUCGUAAUGUGGUUUGGACAAUAGUUGCCCCCCAAGAUGAUGACCGACGGACAACUCGUGGUGACAGUGUUGCCUAACUUCGCCGGCCUACCCUACGAGCAUCACUACGACCUGCGCGGUCCGUUCAUGCACCGCACAACCUUCCACCACCAGAGACACCAGCUCAGGUACCAACCCUACUUGGUAACCCCCCUGCACCAUGGCAUCCCUCCGACGCCACACGUGCCUCCUUACCCUUCGAGGACUACGGUGAUCGUCGACCCUCGGCAGACCCUGCUUGAACUCAGCGGUCCGCCCCUGCAGAGGACCGAGGCGACUGCCCCGAGGCCCGAGACGCCACCUGAACCUGAGCAGACGAGCACGCACAUCUCGCAACUCUACCCUGAGAUUUUGGCCCUCAUCUUCAGCUACCUCGGCGUCAAGGACAAGGGUAGGGCCGCUCAGGUUUGCUCAGCGUGGCGCGAUGCCGCGAACUACAAGUCUGUGUGGCGCGGUGUUGAGGCCAAGUUGCACCUGCGGAAGCCCGUACAAGGUCUUUUCAACAGUCUGGGCCGCAGGGGCAUCAAGAGGUUCCAGGUGCUAUCCAUGAAGAGGUCCCUCAGGGAGCUCAUCUAUCAGGUACCCAACGUUGAGAAGCUCAACCUGAGUGGUAACUACAGUGUCACCGACAUAGGUUUGGCGCACGCUUUUUACAUGCCCUUGCUCACCCUUAGGCAACUCGACCUGUCCCUGUGCAAGCAGGUCACCGACUCGAGUUUGGGCAGAAUCGCGCAGAAUAUGCGCAACCUGGAAGUUUUGGAGUUGGGUGGUUGUUCUCACAUCACCAACACAGGACUGUUGCUCAUCGCCUGGGGCCUGCCGAGACUGAAGAGGCUCAACCUGAGAUCCUGCUGGCACAUUUCAGAUCACGGCAUCGGUCACCUGUGUGGCAAGGGUCUGGCUGAGGACUCUGAUGACGACGAAGACUCGGUCAUCAUGUCCUCGAUGGCCGCCGCCGUCACCUACAGUUUCGCCCUUCCGCCACCUGAGCACGGCGUUCUGGGACCCGUUGAGCUCGAGUACCUGGGGCUGCAGGACUGCCAAAGGUUAACUGACGAGUCGCUCAGGUACAUCUCAACAGGGCUGACCAGCCUGAAGUCGAUCAACCUGAGUUUCUGCGUUUCCAUAACUGACAGUGGCCUCAAAUACCUGGCGAAGAUGCCCUCCCUGAGGGAACUGAACCUGAGGGCGUGUGACAACGUGACUGACACUGGUAUCGCGUAUCUGGCUGAAGGUGGCUCGGCCCUGACCUCCCUGGAUGUGUCCUUCUGCGACAAAAUCGGUGAUCCGGCGCUGAACCACCUUUCACAGGGUUUGACCCUGUUGAGAACCCUGUGCCUGAGUGCGUGCCGCAUUUCGGACGACGGCCUUUGCCAAAUGGCAGGGACCCUGAGUGAACUGGAAGUGCUACACAUUGGACAGUGCAGCAGGGUAACUGACGUGGGCGUCAACAAGCUGGCGGACAGUUUGCAGAAGUUGAAGGCCAUCGAUCUGUACGGGUGCACACGAGUGUCACACGCUGCCCUCGACAGGCUGCUCAGCCUCCCCAGGCUCAAAGUGCUCAAUUUGGGUCUGUUCCACGUUAGAUGAGACUAAUUGACAAACGUUCUCCGCUAACGGUUGCAUCAGUUCCUUUAGUUGAAAAAAAAAAGAUUAAAUUGACUGCCAGACUCACUUUUCAUUAAUUCCGAUCAUUUUUGUCCUCAAGCUUUGGUCGCGGCAAAUUUUUUGGCAUUCUGCGAGGAAAACAAUUAUGCAAAUUUUGAAAUUGUUAAAAUGUAGUUUGUGGAAUCGCUCAUAUCAUGUUGUGAUUUUUCCAUCGCCCUGCUUUUCUUAAAAAAUGAUCCGCCUAUUUUUCUCAAGGAGAUAAAUUAUUCGAGCGCAUAGUAACCAUGGUGGUGCUUGCUCUGUAAAAUUAAGGGAACCAUUGCCUGUGAUAACGAAUACAAAGUUUUUAUUAACACGCGAUCGAUUGUCAACAACUCACUGCUGGAUUUGACUGAAUUUCAUCUAAAAAGAUUCACCAUGGUUACUCUUUAACAAGGCUAAAUUUCUGUAGCCAUUUUAUUGGCCACCGUAAUUGAGUUAUUCGAAUGGAAAUGAGUUACGGGAAAUAACUCUCCUUGAUUAAUAAUUUAAUUCUAAUGAUCUCCAAUACACAAUUUUAACCACUGCAGCAUUUCAUUAUUUUUCGUUGUAAAAAGAUUUUUAUUUUAUUUGUCAAAUAUCUUGUGCCAUCACGACUAGAGGUCGUUUUGUGUUCAUAUCUUUUUAAUUAUUAUUAUUAAUUACGUUUUUUUUUUGUAAAUUUAUCUUUUGGCUAAUCAUCACAUAUUUUUUUGAAGGAAAAAAAGCAGAAUUAAAGAAGCUGUUACCACCCGAAACAAUAAAAGUGCAUACGUAAUUUUUGUAAAAGGUAUUCAAGGGCCUAUACUAAAAUUAGCUAAGAAUCUGUUUAUUUCAUGUGCAUUUACGAAAAGCAAAAGUUGGAACCCAAAAUACUGAUGGUUAAUACGAAUUGUGAUUAUUACAUGUGUGUGUAAAUUUUGAUGAAAGAGAAGUGUUUUUGUUGUUGUUAAUAUAGUGUCGAGCGAACAUGAUCCAUGGUGCUUAUUUUGCGAGCAAGAGUGCGACAUUAUUCUUAUCAUUAUUUUUUCAUAAUUCCAGAUGACGACGAAUUUUGUUACUCAACAUUUCAUUGCUACUGUUAUAAUUAUACUCGAAGGCACUUUUUGAUUGUUGUUUUUCAAGAGCUACUCGAUUGCUGUCAUUGCAUGUGUUAAAAAAUAUGCCCGGUUUUCGUCUCCGAAGCGUUGUGUUACAAAUGAGCAUGAAUGUAAUUAAACACGGUAUGUAAAUAACUGAAGAGAAAAAAGAUUACAUAAAAAAACUAUUAUAUCUCAAUA